AUGUUACGUCUCGGCUUAGCAGGGUUGCUCCGUCAUUUCCCUUACCUGGUAGGUGUGGUUGAGCCCGUUGGCACGGCGGGUAAAUGCAUCCACGUAACUUAUCCUGACUCUGGACCCUACCGAGACCAUGUGGAUCGCAUCUUUAAUACAAGCACCAAUCUCAUCGCUCAUCCUGAAUUCGAUUACGAAACACUGCAAACAAGAAACUUCACAGACGAAGCCUUCUUAGCGAAACAAUUUUGCCCAACUUCUUUGACUGAUCACCUCGGCUUGGACGAUAGCAAUCACUAUGCGACAGGCUCUACGAGUUUUAUCAUGGAUAUCCCUUGCCUGUGUUGGCCACGCAAGCUACGUUUGUACGAGAGCCCCGAGGUGCACUUGACGAUUUGGCCAGAAGAGCUGGGGUUCACCACGAUACGACAUGCGCCCCCAGUCCAAGCCCCAGCGCUCCGCGUUGUACCCUAUACGGUAGUCUCUGGCAUGAUCCGGACUUCAUUGGAAAUUGUAUGCUCUGCGCCAAAGCCAGCUACCAGCUUUCGACUUCUCCUCGACCUGUACUUUCAGCUCCAUCACAUCUGGCCCCCAUUUGCGCUUGCCAUAGCAUAA